GUGUCGGUCGCGUGUGCGGUAGGAUGUGCGCGGGUUCGGUCGUGGCUGGGGCGCUGGCCGCCGUCGUCGCCGCGACGCUGGUCGGCGGCUCCCCGGACGUAAUCAACAUCGAACCUCACCUGUUCAAAUCCCUGGCCGACAAGCUGGGCGCCGAGCUGUGGGAGGUGGGCAGCUACGUGUCGCGCCGCCAGGAGAUCCAGGAUAGCUACAACAAGGAGAGUGGUGAGGUGCGAGCAGUGGAUGGUGAGAAACUGCUGGAGAAAAUUGCUGACAACAUACGCAACAUGACUGAAUCCAAGAUCAGCGCUAUAAAGCGAAUAAUGGACACGGCAGAGAACACUGCUAUGGCUCACCAGGAUGAUGAAGUUACUGAGUUCCCUUAUUACAAUGCCAAGAACCUUAGCAAGCCCCUCAAGCCCAAUGACACUCUCCCAGAAGGAUUCAGAGUGCUGAACCUGACACAGAAUAAACAUUUCUACAACAUGGAAGUCAACACUUCCUUCAGUGCUGUCCACGUUCCAACCAAUGUGUAUGAUAAAGCACCAGAUUUACUGAGAGCUGUGAAGUGGUCUGACAAAUUGGACUCUAUUUUCAUCAGCAAUUAUCAGAUGGAUCCGUCACUGUCUUGGCAGUACUUCGGCAGUUCCCUUGGCUUCAUGAGGCUCUAUCCAGCUGUGAAAUGGACACCAAAGCCUGCCGAAUUGGAAGUAGAUCUUUAUGACUGCCGUACAAGGCAGUGGUACAUAGAAGCUGCUGCAAGUCCAAAAGACAUUGUCAUUCUGGUCGACAGCUCAGGCUCAAUGACAGGCGUUCGGCGUGAGAUUGCUCGGCAGGUUGUCACAGACAUCCUGGACACCUUAGGCAUUAAUGACUAUGUUAAUGUAUUCAACUUUUCAGAACAUAUCACUGAAGUGGUUCCAUGCUAUUCAAAUCACUUGGUCCAGGCAACUUUACACAACAUCAGGGAACUGAAACGUGGUAUGGAGGAAUUACACACUGACAAGAUUGCAAAUUUCUCUGCAGUCCUGAUGCAUGCUUUUGAGUUACUGCAAUCUUAUCGUGAGAGCACAUCAGGAGCCCAUUGCAAUCAGGCGAUAAUGCUAAUAACAGAUGGUGCACCUUACAACUACAAGGACAUAUUUGAAAUGUAUAACUGGCAUAAACAGCCUGAUGGUGAGGUUCAGAUACCAGUUCGAGUCUUUACGUAUUUAAUUGGUCGUGAGGUCGCAGAUGUUCGUGAGGUCAACUGGAUGGCAUGUGCUAAUAAAGGUUACUAUCAACACCUCAGCACACUUGCUGAAGUCCGCGAGAAAGUCCUCAUGUAUAUACAAGUCAUGGCUCGGCCGCUAGUACUGGGACGAACUGUUCACCCAACGGUCUGGACUCCUGUGUAUGCCGACGUUACGGACCCAAAAACAACUGACUGGCUUUGGGAAAAGAGGGAAUGUAGAAAGCAGAAAGAGAUAUUCUUAGCCUCUAGAGAAUACAAUUCAAAUAAAAGUGAAGAGCACCUACGACAAUACGUGGAGAGCUUAAAAAGGGUUACAGAUGAAAAUGCAGAUGAAACUUCCUACCAACUUAUGACAUCUGUUGCAGUGCCUGUUUAUGAUCGGAGGGAAAAUGCAAACCUCACGGAAUGGACCCUCAUAAAUGAGGCGAUAUGGGUACAAAAAAUCCGAGAGACAAAGAUAGCAGAUCUACUGGGAGUUGCUGGAACUGACGUACCAAUUCAGGAAAUAAAAGACCUCAUGUUGCCUCACUUGUUGGGAGUAAAUGCAUAUGCUUUCAUGGUAACCAACAAUGGCCACAUACUUACGCAUCCAGAUCACCGUCCAGCAUUCCAGGGCAUCCUGAAACCAAACUACAAUAGUGUUGACAUGACAGAAGUUGAACUUGAGAAUACUGACCGAGAGGCGCGUGAUUUCAGUCCAAAGAUGCUGAAGCUCCGUGAGAACAUUAUAAAUCGAAAGAAAGGAAGUGAGGUGCUCAGUGUGAAGUACCAUUAUGAUGACAUGAAACGAGCAUCAGUGGACAGGAGGCAUUACCACUACUGUCCCAUAGAGAAUACACCAUUCUCCCUUGUUGUGGCCAUUCCUGAAAGGCAGAAAGUGCUCAUUGCCCAGAAGGAGUUACGUCGUGCAUGGUCUAUUGGCGAACGUGUAAGAAAAUAUUUUAGUGGUAAUAAUUGGAAACUUCAUCCGAACUGGGCUUACUGUAGGUACCACUAUGAAACAGAGCACACAAUGAGUUCUCCUGAGGAGCAGUUCAUGCACUUUCUCAAUCGCACUCAAGGAAAAUGGCAGUGGUUAGAUAAACGGACCGUGACUCCGCCGGAGCAUGUUGCAUCACCUAACACACCAGCAGGGAAAACAGACAAACUCGCCAAGGAUUCAUAUUACUGUGACAGGGAUUUAUUCCAGGCUCUUGUUUUUGACGCCAUAGCAACAGAAUCUUUUCAGCAGAAUCUGAGCAGUUUGCACAAGGAUGACAAAGGGAAAAAACAUGGACAUUACCAGAGAAGGAAACAGUUUCAACAACGAUUUGGAGUGACGCUGGCAUUUGUGGCAACUCGCAGUGGCUUGACUCGGUGGGAUGAUAUUGUGGGACCUCAAGAUUCUCCACAACCGCACUUCAGUGAAAUACAUAAUCAUGCUAUAGAUGAGGUGUGGUAUAAAAGAGCAGUUGAACAUCACUAUGAAAAUAGCAAGAGUUUUGUCUACUCUGUACCAUUUGAUGCAGGUGAGAAGAAUGGAAGCCUGGUGACAGCCAGUCAUGCCAUAUUCCACUCAAAGGACCAUCUCAGUGCCCCAGCUGCAGUUGUUGGCUUUCAGUUCCACCACUCAGCUCUUUCAACAUUGUUCAGGAAUAUAACAUACAGUUGUUUAGACGUUCUACCAAACUGCACUAGGAACAGAACAUGUGCGUCAGACAUUUUGGAAUGCUACCUCCUGGAUAACAACGGAUAUGUCGUCGUUUCUGAAAAUCAUAGAGACACGGGAAAGUUUUUUGGUGAAGUCCGACAUUCAGUUAUGAAUCAGCUGAUAGAGCAGAAUGUGUUCCAAAGUAUACACAUUUUUGACUAUCAAGCUGUGUGUUUCAGACCAAAAUCAACAGACAAUGCAGCAUCAUUUCGCAUCACACCUUUGACACACUUUUUAAAGCUGCUAGACUGGUUGAUUGGAAAUGUUGUGUGGUUAGCAGCUCAUACAAACUUACAUCUCAUGUGGCUGCAAGAUGAUGUGGCUGCUACAGCUAUUUCUGGGGCAUCUUCACAGCCUGAUCCAGGAGAUGAAGAGUAUAGAGAUGAAGAUAAUGAAGAGGAAAACAUUGUGUCAUCUGAAGGUGGGAAAACACCUGAAAAGCAGUAUGAAAAGUGGACUAUCAAACGAACACGUCCACAACCUUGCGACAUGGAGGUGACAUUAUAUAAACUAAAUAGGUCGCUUCCACGAAUUUCACAUAGUAUCACCAGUAAGUGUGCAAGACCUUUUGAUAUCCAAGAAGUUCAGUUGAGUAAUCUGGUGCUGGUGGUUGUGAACUCACUAUGCGUAACAGACGACAGUACUCGUAUCAGUACAAUGCCAGUGGAGGUAUCAUACAAUACGACGCUAGCAUGCUACAAAGAGUGGCACGCACUGCACAGGCGGAGGCCUCCUUUUUGCAUAAACAACCAUACGCAGGAGAAAGAAGUUGAACUAUGUGGAGAUGCAAGCCACCUUUGGGUUUCGUAUGUGAUGCUUGCUUUAAGCUGGGCAGUUGCUGGCUUUAUCUCGUAAUAUGGGAAAUAACAGAGAAGUAACUUAUUGUCUGUGAUAUUUUGACUGGUGCAGAAUCUCCAGUAUGUAUUUCAAUGCUACACUCAGCAUUUUACAUGUUCAGGAGCUCAAUGUAUACAUAAAUAUUUCACAUUUAACUUGCAUCUAUACUAUUUCUGAUGCAUUAUUAGUACUAAAUUUAAUACCAAAAUUUAUUUAUGUUGCAAAUGUAUCUUCCGAACUGUUAACACUUAAUUAUGUUAUUGGCUAUAUUUUGUUAUGUGAACAAUUGAUUGAAUUUGUGGUGAGAAUUUUUAUAUCAGUUUUUGAAAUGUAACUAUUUAUGAAAUAAAACAUGUAAUAUAUCUUGUUGUCAUGUGUACAAGCACAGCAAAUAUACUCAAGUUUGUAAUUUGAACAUGAGGGUGUUCAAAAGCAGUGCAAGACUACAAAUAUUUUUCUCAGAUAAAUCAUUUUUCGAAACUGACACACAGUAAUGGUGUGGUGCCAGGUGAAGAUUAUUGAAACUACUUGACUUGUACUGUUACUUCCCCUCACUUUUUAUGAUGUGAUGUAAAAUUGUGGUUGCCAAUGGUCCAUAGACAGAAAAUAUUUGACUGUCAUUUAUGACCCUCCAGAUUACUGUUUUUAUCAUGUCAACAGCCAGUAAUUUUAGGGUACUCAAUAAAUUAAAAUUUUUUUUUCUUUCUUUUUAUUUUGAAUUGAUAUAGACACUCUUUAAAACAUGUAUUUAAUAUUGUGAUUAAUUGUGUGAUACUGUCAAACUGAAGAUAACUUCUGAACUAUCUGUUUGAAGCAUGGAAAUUAGUGCAUCAUUUGGUGGCUGUCUGAUAUAUCAGUUAACAUCAGUUGUAUAUAAAGAGAUGUAUACAACAUUUAUCUAUCAGGUAAUGGCGUGAUAAUAAAGUCUUAUAAAUUUGCUUUCCAGUUUGCUGGAAAUGUAGAUUUGUUGAUUAUCAGGAAGCCAACAAGUAAUGGCUGAACUGUAAAAAAAUCACCACUUGAGCAUUAUCUUUCAACACCAAGCUACAAUUAUGUCUUUCAGUCCACAGACACUGGGUUUGACAGAAAAUGUAGUAUUUAAAGAAGAAUGUGUUACAGGGGAGGGAACAUCAUUGCACAUGAAAAUUUGUUACAUUCUUUAAAAACUGUUGAUGUAUAUGAGAAGUUUAUAGUAGUAUUUGCAAAGACUGAAAGUAGCAAAAGUCUUUGAUGCUUCAUUUUUGAAUGUCUGCUACAUUGCUUCUAAUGCCACUUGUUUGGCAAAUGUCUUCCACCAUGGCAGUUGAGAUAAACUACCUGUUUAUUGUUUUGUACCCCCACCUUGCCUAGAGGAAAAUAAAUACAUACUUUUGGCUUUUCUUUUGCAACUUAGCUUAUAUAUUGUUUUCCAGUUUACAUAUUGUCAGCCGAAAGCCAAGGGGGUUCAUCUUCAAGCACAAUGCUGUGAAAAUCAACAUACAUCUGCAAUGUACAUCAACUGUUGGAACACAUGAUAAAACCAUUCAUCGAUCCAUACAUCAACUAACCCUGAAGUUCUUAUCAGCUGACAUCUCCAUUAUCUCCCACCAUUACAUCUUGUAUACACAUAUUUCUGUUUUAUUUAUUUAAAAUUAUUCUUUAUCAUUUGAGCUCUAAAAGUAUUAUCCUUUCAAAUUCACCAGUGUCUAUAAUGUAAUAUAGCUAGAAGUUUAUAAUUUCAGUUGAGGAGCAUAAAAACUGUCAUAAUUGUUUUUGGUGUCCUUUCUGCAUCUCUUGUCUCACACAGCUAAUGGCCACAUCCUAAAAAUACUGUGCAGAAUAAGAGCUAUAGGGAAAAUACUGAUAAUUGCAGGCAAAAACUUACAAUAUAUUGAUAAGACUUUCAGAAUUAUGCACCAAGACAGAUCUCAAAGUGAAACUUCCUGGCAGAUUAAA